AUGGGAAUUGUCGAGGCCAAAGAUAAUGAAUUUAGACAUGAAGGAGCUAGCGUAGUCUACCACAUCGGUCUUGAAGUUCAAGGUCUGAAAGCCGGUGCCCGUGUCAUGGUCAUCGGGAGCUGCUUAUUUAAGACGCGAUUGAUUCUCUCCGAGAACCUGUGGGAGAAGAUCCCAGGUGGCUUAAGCUUCAAUGAUGCGGCGGGCAUGCCUUGCGUGUUCAGUACACCAAAAUACUAUAUCUUCGACAUUGGAAAACUGAAAAGGGACAGGUUUGUAUCCCCUUAA